AUGAAUCAUGGCACCUCACCAUUCACAGUUAUUAGUACUCCAACUACACAAAUUGCGCCAUCGACAGGAAUAGAGGAACAAGAGGAACCACUAUAUGUGAAUGCUAAACAAAAAUAUCUUCAUGAAUCUCGACAUAAACAUGCUAUGAGACGUCCUCGUGGUCCUGGUGGUAGAUUCCUUACAGCAACUGAAAUUGCAGAAUUAGAACAAAAAAAUAAAGCAGAGCAGCAACCACAACAAGAUGACGGUCAACAAUCACAGCCACCACUACAACAAAAACAAGAUGAUAUUCAACAAGUAAAAACGGUGUGA